AUGGCGGAGGGAAUUGUGACAGAAAGAAGGGAGUUUGAUAUCAAUCUGGUCACUGAACUAUUUAAGAACUCACUUGUGGGUGACAAUGACGUCAGCUUACCGCUAUAUAUUGACGCAUAUCGACAAAUUAACAAAUUUUUCCCACUUCUCGGUAAAGGAUUUUCUUUUGUUGAGAAAGAUUUAUUGGAGAAAGAAAAAAUCCUGCAUGAGUUACAUGCAACCGAUCCCGUUCAUUAUGACACUGUAAAUAGCAUGGUAUCGUGGGAAUGUCGCUCAGGCGCAUCAUCGGAAAAAGUAACUACGACACUGCUACGACUGCAUAGGGCUCUAUUAUUUGUCAUUGAUUUUUUGAAGAAUUUGAAAGAUUCCCGUGAAGGAGAUCAGAUUUCAGCAUUAUGUCAGGCGAGCUAUGAUAAUACGCUGUCGAAACAUCACAGCUGGUUUGUUAGGAAGCUUGUUGGUAUGGCGACUCAUUUACUUGCUUCCCGAGAUUAUUUGUUGAAUGCACUUAUAAAUGAGAAGAGUCCACAACAUGAGCAUGAAGUUAAACAGGCAAUUACCAAAUUGAUUGAUGUUACAGAAGAAGUUUUCCAUCGCUUACAACAAAUUUAUGAAGAUAAAAACAUUUUGAAUCUUCCCUAA